AUGGCAUCCAGACUCGCUCCCCUUUUCCUCCUGCUCUUCGUCUGUUGCACCCACGUCGGUAGAGUCAACGUCCAAGCCGCCGAUUUCUCCCCGUCCCCGGUUCUCAUAUCCACCAUUCGCUCCACUCUCGACGAAAUCGGCAGUGUUCUCUCCGUCCUCUCCACCUUCUCGGGGCCGCUUCUCGGGGGAGACCUCCGAGUUUCCUCAGCCGUCCAAGACUGCGUCGAUCUUCUCUCCCUUUCGUCCGACGAGCUCGGUUGGACCCUCUCCACCGCCUCGCCCUCCACGGCUGGCGUGAGGGAAAAGUUGUCCGCGGGCACCGGCAACAAGCAUUUCGAUCUGCGAUCGUGGCUCAGCGCCGCCCUCGGUAACCAGGAGACCUGCGCCGAGAGCUUCCAAGGCACCGACGAUGUUGUGAAGUCGCUCGUCGUCGGCAGCCUCGACACGAUCACCUCCUUGGUCUACCAGGUCCUCACGCAGGUCCCCAACGCCAAGGGCCUCCCAGGCGACCGCUGGAUGAAGACUGGCAAAAGGAAACUCUUGGACUCGGCGGGCUUUCCGAUCUGGAUGACCGCAGAGGACCGGCGUUUUCUACAGGGGCCCGCGACGUCAUUUCAGCCGGACGUGGUGGUCUCUGCCGACGGCAGCGGCGACUACAAGACAGUCGGGGAGGCCGUGGAGAAGGCGCCGCUGGAGAGCGAGAAGAGGUUUGUGAUCUACGUGAAGAAGGGGGUGUACAAGGAGAACGUGGACAUCAAGAAGAAGAAGUGGAAUGUCGUCGUCGUCGGCGACGGCAUGGGUGCCACAGUGAUCUCCGGUGCCCGCAAUUACGUCGACGGGUGGACGACCUACCGCUCUGCCACGUUCGGUAAGCGGCCGCAAUUCGCAUUCUCCCUCUUUCUCCAGUCGCUUUCCUGGAUCAGGCUGUCAGCGCUGGAGCCGAGACGCGCAUAGCUUCGGGCACCACGCUCGGACGAAGCCUCCCACCAGGUCUUUACUGCGUUCAGCUGGGACAUUACAGUUGAGAGCAGCACUCGUAUUUUAAUAACUUGUUUAGAACUCUUCCCAUCUCCGAUCAGUCGCAUUCUGUUUUUAAUUGACCAAAAACUAUCGACUGCAGCCCACAUCAGUCAACGUUGAGGGUCUCGAGGUCAGAUACGUUUUGACGAUCGGAUGCAUAAAUAUAAGCAAAUAACGAUUCUAGGAUUGAUUAAUUGCGCAUUAAUACUGACAGGCUACUUGUUUACUGCCUUUUGCCCCCGAGCUCAUUAUAAUGUCUGUGGACAGCGGUCUCCGGGAAGGGGUUCCUUGCGCGAGGCCUGACGGUGGAGAACACGGCCGGCCCAGCGAAGCACCAGGCUGUCGCCUUCCGGUCGGACUCGGACCUCUCCGCCCUCUUCCAGGUGGAGUUCCUGGGGUACCAGGACACCCUCUACGCCCACUCCCUCCGCCAGUUCUACCGCGAGUGCCGCAUCUCCGGCACCAUCGACUUCAUCUUCGGCAACGCCGCCGCCGUCUUCCAGAGCUGCACUAUCGUCGCCCGUCGCCCUCUUCCGAAGCAGAAGAACUCCGUCACCGCCCAGGGUCGCAAGUACGUCGACCAGAACACCGGCUUCUCCAUCCACGGGUGCAACAUCUCCGUGGAGGGCGACAACUCGAGCGGAACGGUGGCGGUGGCGCCGGCGAUAACGUACCUCGGGCGGCCGUGGAAGAAGUACUCGAGGACGGUCGUCAUGCAGUCGUACCUGGGCUCGGGGAUUCCGCCGGAGGGGUGGCUCGAGUGGGCGGGGAACUUCGCCCUCGACACGCUCUACUACGGGGAGUACAUGAACUACGGCCCGGGCUCGGGACUGAGCGGCCGCGUUAAAUGGGCGGGUUUCCACGCUAUCACUGACCCCGCGGUGGCGGUCAACUUCUCCGUUGCCCAGUUCAUCGACGGGAACCAGUGGCUGCCGGCGACGGGGGUCAGGUAUACGGCGGGGCUGACUGUUUGA